AUUAGUCCUACUGACAUGAAAACAGUGAGUUCCUGUGUAAAGAGCUCUGUGGAAGAGACUCCUGAGCCAAAGAACAUAUGUGAGGCCAUCCAGGAUAUUUCUACAUACUUUUCUGAGGAAGAGUGGGCAAAGCUGACCAAAUGGCAGAAAAGUGCCUACGUGUAUAUGAAAAGAAACUACAUCAGGAUGACGGGCCUAGGGGUCACAGUCAACCAACCAGUUUUCAUGCGCUGCAAGGAACAGGCCAAAGAGAAGCCGGUGCCGGUGGAAUGUACUAAAGUUCAUGGCCGUGACAGUGAAGGUGGAUUUUGGAUAAAUCCCUGGCGCCACCGGUUGCGAGAAAGGAAGAAUCGAGUGAUAUAUGAAGAGAUCAGUGAUCCCGAAGAAAGUGAUGAUGAUGAUGAUUAAAUCUGUAAGUGGUCCUUUGACACAUCUCCUAAGCCCCAGAAUACACACUUUUCUCGUAUGGGAGAGGAUCAGUCAUCCACUUCUAGUCCUUAGGGGUGGAACACUGAAGCUGAAGUAACAUGUCAUGCUUCCUUUACUGCAAGGCUGGGUAGUUUGGAGACCUUCCCUACCUGGGAUGCUGUGGGCUCCCAGAUCCCAGGUCAGCUCUCAAAGUACAGGCCAUGCCUUCCUCUGGCUUAGGAAUUCAAAGACAAGGUGAGCAGUCCCUGUGCUCUGAGCAGAGGGUUUGCCUGUGGAGCAGAGGCUCUGAGGUUCAGGAAAGCAUCGUAGGCUUUGAAGGACGGGAGGAAACAGACCGGUGAGUAGGCAAUGUGAACUCACUAGCAUUUCUUUUCUUUCUUGUAUCAACCACAGAGAGUCGAAAUAAGCCCAGGAUGAGAAGAAGAAUGGUGGGAAUCCUGGAUCAAAGCCAUGACUUUGAAAGACUACGUAUCAGUUCUAUAUAUAGAUAUAUGUAUAUAUAUUUAUUAAAAUUCAUUAUAAUUUUAAGGUUAAGCAUCAGCUUUUAUAUUAUUUGUCAAGUGUUCUCUUAGCAAUUUUGUAGGAUGUGUCAAACACUCUGUCAGGACUUUAUGCCAAGCAUUCCCUAUGUAUGAUGUCACUGUGCUAAGCCCAGGAGAAUUGUUUGUUCUUCCUUUGCCAGGCAAUCUUAAGCAUAGAUCUCGCUGUAUGGCAUCUGGUCAGCACUGGGGAUAUUACAUGCUAAGUGCUCUGUUAGUAUUAUUCUUACUGUGAAAAAACCACUCUUGUAGAAUAUCAAUGUUUCAAGUAGGCUAGGUGGCUCAGUGGUAAAGGAUCCUGCUGCCAGGCCUGACGACCCGAGUUCAAUCCUAAAGAUGCCCAUGGUGGACAGAGAGAACUGACUCCCUGACAUUGUCUUUUGACAUUCACAGCUGAACACACACACACACACACACACACACACACAC